GAUUCCAGAGCCAUCGGAUUACAGCAGCUGUGAAGACGAUGAUGGGACUUAUUUCAAAGAUCUGAUGCAGCCUGAUAAAAAUCUACCUGAGUCUGCAAGAGUGAUCAAAAAGCUGUUAAAUAACCUUGUUGACAGUGCAUGGGAAGUUAUAUCAGAGCAGGAGAAGAUCAAGAGGAUAAGCAAGCGGCAAAACAAAUUCCAGUGCUGAGCGCUAUUAAAGAAAUGAAGCUUGCUGGCAGAACUAAUAGCAUUGCGUGCUCUGAUGAUGGACUUUACCUGUUUCUGGGUCACGUUCAUGGUCUGUCAGUCAUCAGUACAUCCACUCUCACCUGUGUAAGGACAUGGCAGGAUGAAAGAGUGGAGCUUACCAGCAUCUCUUGUGCCUCGCUGGGAAAUGGCACACACCUCUUAUGCUCAGUGGAUGACAUGGGUAUUGCACGACUUUUUGUGCAUCACAUGGAGAAUAUUCACUUAAUUAAAGUCAUCAACGAAACUGAAGACAUAAAUCAAAGAAACGUCUGUGCAAAAUUUGAAGUGUCUAGAAGUGGGGACUUUGGAGCUGCAGUCAUGACAUCCAGUGGCUCUGUUUGGCUGGAUGUCUAUCGCUUCCCUCAAGAUGUAUGGAUCAAAGAGCUGGAAACCAAACAGGCUACACAAACCCCACAGACCACAGAAGCCAAAUUUUCACCAAUUGUCCUACUCAUGAAGAUCAAACCUCCAGAUAUCCCUGCAGGAACCUCUCUGAAAAGUCCAUCUGAGGUUCUGCAGAAGACAGAGGAAGGCACUGUAAUAGGCUCAGGCCAAAAUCACCUCAUUAGUAGUCAUCAAUGGGAAAACCAGGAUGCAGCAUUUAGGAAAAUGUUCCUCAGCUCCAGCUCUGAGAGACCACCACAGCAAAAAACAGAAGGUCCAAGCAACUGUACUUGUCACUUCUUACUGCGUGAGGGCUUUCAUUCAAUGCCUGGGGACGCAAAGGUAGCUAGAGAUAUUCCUAUUGCUGUGUGCCUGUGGUGGAACGGCAGUCAUAAUCUCUUACAUUAUCUUCUUUCGAAGACCCCUAAAGAGAAGGACAGUGAUCCCAGACCAGAUGUGUUGUGGCCCAAUUCCCGGGAAAUCCUCUGCUCUGCCGUCAGUGCCUGUGCACGGUUCAUUGUUCUAGGGCUUGACGGUCAGCUGAUUACUGUAUGGGACCGACGUUUUGGGUGUCCAUACGCCAAUAUUGUGAUCCCAGGAGAUGGUGCCAUUUGCAGGAUAAAACUUCUUUUGCAGAGUCAGUUGCCAUCCACUUCAUUUUUGCAGGGUGCCUUUUUACCCACUAUACAGUUAGUGCUCACUUGCAGAAAUGGGGCAUGCUACAGUGUUAAAGCAGGCAGAGGAGGAGACGCAUUCACCGUGGCACUUAUUGAAAGACCUGCAGGCCCAGGCAGUUUUGUCACUGUUGCUGAACCUGUGCCCUUCCUGAAGUGUCUGGUUUUGUUGAUGCAGAGAAAUGGUCAAGUAUCCAUAUGGGACACGGAUGAUGAAGCACCAUUGUUUAUCUUAAACCUGCCUCCAACUCAUGUGCUGGCCUCACUCAGGGAACCUGUGUGUCUGCUUGAGCCAGUCCAACAAAAACUAUAUAUUACAGGUGACAGAAAAACAUCCUUGGUGAAGAUGACCGAUAAGAAAGAGAAUGGGAGCUCCCUCUUCAUCUUCAGUUUUUUAGAAUGCUCAUUGAUGGAUUCAUAUCGCGUCCCAAGUCCAGCUAUAAGUGAAAAAGUCUCAGAUUUGGAGGAGGUCUGCAACCUUUACCUUCAGGAAAGAGCAGAUUCUUGGAAAGAGAGGAAAAGAAAUUUGCCUUUCCAGUGGGAGCAGCUUUUGAAGCGUGAUAUUAAAUGAAGCUUCACAUACAACAAAGAGAUCCAGGUUCGCUGAUAGAGAGUGUUUUCUU